UUUCUUCAAUCUCCUUUUAGUUACCAAGCCUACUAAAAAUUCAAAUGUCAAAAUGUGUCAACUGAAGUGAAUAUUGUAAUAUUAUUUUCUUAUAAUAUAAAAGGAGAAGAAUAUUAUUUUCAAAAUGAAUGUUCAUAAAUUGUGGGAAUACAAAGAGUACAUCAACGUGAAUGGAAUGAUGUUUAAUAGCGAACUAAUAUCAUUACUCCAAAACUCGUUGACUUUGCUUCAAGUAGAAAACCAUUUCACCCAUAUACAAUACUGGGGACAGAUUUACGCCGUUGAUUUUGACUACCACAUCGCAGUCGGAAUUACUAAUGACGCAGUGGCAGACAGAAAGUAUUUUUAUACAACAGAUUUUAAAUUCUGGGGGCUGCUCCCUAAGCCAAAGAAGAAAUAUAAACAACUAUCGUUAUUAACAACAUUCCCAUUCCGUGGCGACACCUCUCUAAAAAUUAAGGUACUAGACGAAUCAUUAGAGGAAAACAAUCCCUAUAGAUGUCGCUUUAUGAAAGAAGAGUGUCGUUUGGCCGCAACAAUCAGUAAUAUUUGCGACGAGGCUGAAAUCUGCGCUAGGGGCCAGCUGAUCAAGCAGCCUGAUGGAACUGUUGUUAUAAAUCCCAAUUUCUACGGCUUAACAAGGCCCGAAGCAAGUUUUCUCAAGUCCUACCUCCAUAUCAGACCAGCACAACAACGCUGGAACACAAAUCUGCUUACACGACAAGAUUAUAAUUACAGCAUGGACUUUUUGGACUCCAUUGAUCAAGACAUACCGAAUGGGUGUUGGAAUUUGUCAUUGGAACAGUCUGGAUCCAUUGCCUAUUUAAAGAAUUUGUAUUGGCCCGGUAUGAUGUUCUUCCAUAAAAUAAAAACUCCUGACGCUGGUUUUUUGUACGUAGGAAAUGGUUACAAGAAUUUAGAUGUACCGUUCCUUCUAUAAUUUUCUAGUAAUGAUAUGUUUUCUUCGAAAAAAUUACACUAAUAUAUUAUUUCUUCAAUAA